CGGCGGUACCCUGAUGCUUGAGUGCGGCAGGUAUAUAUAAAGCUGCUCGGCGGGUCUCCGGUCCACUGACGGUGAGAGAAAGGCGGACAGACAACUGCAACAUGCCCGUGACCGGAAUCCACCAGACCGGAGGAAACUCACCGGCUCCGUCUGCAGAGGGAAAGCAUGUCAACAUGAACUCCCAGUCCGACAGCGGCCACCAGCAGCAGCCUGGCAACGGGUGCAACCACCAGGGUCCAAACCAGAACCAUCAACCACAGCCUGCAGACGGACCUGAGACGCAGGCCCUGCCUACACCAAUCCCAGACCCCCACAUCCAGUACACGAAGUUGUUCAUCAAUAACGAGUGGCAUGAGUCCAGCAGCGGAAGAAAGAUUCCUGUGUAUAAUCCCGCCACAGGGAAGCUGCUGUGUGAAGUGGACGAGGCUGACCCUGAAGAUGUGGACAAGGCAGUGAGGAGUGCCAGAGCCGCCUUCCAGAUAGGGUCGCUGUGGCGUUCCAUGGACGCCUCAGACCGUGGUCAACUCCUUAACAGACUUGCAGACUUAGUGGAGAGAGACCGGCUACUACUGGCAACACUAGAGGCUCUGGACUCUGGCAAGGUGUUUCUCAUGGCAUAUUUUGUAGAUCUUGUGGCCACAAUCAAAACCUUGAGAUAUUACGGUGGCUGGGCAGACAAGAUUCACGGCAAAACCAUCCCUGUAGAUGGAGAGUAUUUUACUUACACGCGACAUGAGCCCAUUGGAGUAUGUGGCCAGAUCAUUCCUUGGAACUUUCCGGUGAUGAUGUUUGUGUGGAAGAUUGCUCCUGCUCUCUGCUGUGGGAACACUGUAGUCAUCAAACCUGCUGAACAGACCCCAUUAUCAGCGCUGCACAUGGCCGCUCUCAUCAAAGAGGCUGGGUUUCCUCCAGGAGUGGUGAACGUGGUGCCAGGUUACGGUCAGACAGCAGGUUGUGCCAUUUCCCACCACAUGGACAUCGACAAAGUUGCCUUCACCGGAUCCACUGCUGUUGGGAAGCUCAUCCAGAAGGCUGCAGGUGAAAGCAACCUGAAAAGAGUUACAUUAGAACUCGGUGGAAAAAACCCAAAUAUUGUGUUUGCAGACUGUGACUUACAGUACGCAGUGGAGCAGGCCCACAGUGGUCUGUUCUUUAACCAGGGCCAGUGCUGUCUGGCUGGAUCCAGGGUGUUUGUAGAGGAGCCGAUCUACGAGGAGUUCGUCCGUCGCAGUGUAGAGAAGGCCAGAUCAAAAGUCCUGGGAAACCCAUUACUGCCAGGGGUAGACCAAGGACCACAGAUUGACCAGAAGCAGUUCGAUAAGAUAAUGGAGCUGAUUGAGAGCGGGAAGAGGGAGGGAGCCACGCUGGAGUGCGGGGGGUCCGCGUGGGGUCAGCAGGGACUUUUCAUCCAACCCACCGUCUUCUCAAAUGUCACAGACGAUAUGCGCAUUGCCAAAGAAGAGAUUUUUGGUCCAGUGCAGCAGAUCAUGUGUUUCCGUAGCAUCCAUGAAGUCAUCCAGAGAGCCAACGCCACACACUACGGCCUGGCAGCAGGAGUGUUUACUACCAACAUCGACAAAGCCCUCACGGUCUCCUCUGCUCUGCAGGCUGGGAUGGUCUGGGUGAACUGCUACAAUGCCAUGAGUGUUCAGUGUCCCUUUGGCGGCUUCAAGAUGUCUGGGAAUGGGAGAGAACUGGGGGAAUACGCUCUUCAGGAGUACACUGAGGUCAAGGCAGUCACCAUCAAAAUCUCACAGAAGAACUCAUAAUACUGUCAUAUAACUGGACUGACUGUUUCCUGCCACCCCAUGGCUUCAGAUCCUCCACACACAUUUUAUAAUAAUACUCAUAUGGCACCCGGAUGUUUUGAAGGCAUCUGUGUCCUUUAUUUCUCUCAUUCCUCCUGAGAUAUUUCUAUUUUUUCAACCUCUUAUCAGUGUCCUGUCUCUUUCUCUUGAUAUUUCUGUGUCAGU